AUGAUACCAAUGUUGAAGAGGAGAGUAAUAUCACUGUACGGACAAAAAAAACAGCGCUCUAAAUCCGAUAGCAACGAUUCCUACAUUAAAGAAGAUUCGUUACGUUCAAUAAUAAAGCAGGAGAUAACUGACACCAUCAAGCAAUUGGUUUCUGAACACCUGGCAAAUAUCGCGUCUCAGGUGACUGGCUUCCACGAAUCUCUAGCAUUCUUUAGUAAACAAUAUGACGAACUUAUGCAAACUGUGAAGGAAAGAAACGAAGUAAUACAGAGUUUAAUUCAGAGAAAUGACAAUCUAUCGUCGCAGGUAAGGAGUUUGACAGAGAGGAUAGAGCAAUUAGAGCAAAACAUGCGUGCUCCUAACGUCGAAAUCAAUGGGAUCCCAGAGCAUAAAUCGGAAAAUCUUCUAAAAACUAUAGAGCAGCUGGGAUUUGCGAUUGAAAACCCCCCUCGGUGA